UAAGAAUCCACGUGUCUUCUUCAAGCCCUCCGCCUCUUCCAUUUUUCCGCCAUUUCACCGAGAGCACUUUUGGGUGAGAAAAAUCGUCUUCGAAACUAUCUCUUCAUCUAAUUCGUCUGUGUCCUCUUGCCCAGAGUUAGUGGCGACUGGUGAGUGAGCCGUUAAUCUUUCAAUCUCCGGAAUCAUUUCAAAAUCGGAUUGAAACUUGCUGAGUGCGAGUUUCCCGAGAAAAUUCUCGUUUCGCUUUGCUGUGAGGAUUUCUGAACCUUUUAUGUGAACUCUAGCUGCCAAAAUGAACCUCGCAAUUCCGAAUCCCAACUCACACCAGCUCUCGUUCCUCAUCCAGAAUACCAGUUUCGUCGGUAACCGGAGAUUCGCCGACGGCAACCGUCUCCGUUUCCUCUCCGGGGGAAAGAGACAACCCUGCUCCGUCGCCGGUAAAAUUAAGGCGAAGACGAAGGACCUCGUCCUGGGAAACCCUUCCGUAUCGGUGGAGAAAGGGAAGUACAGCUACGACGUCGAGUCCCUGAUUAACAAGCUGAGCAGCCUUCCGCCUCGCGGCAGCAUCGCGAGGUGUCUCGACAUAUUCAAGAACAAGCUUUCUCUGAACGAUUUCGCGCUCGUGUUCAAAGAGUUCGCCGGUCGCGGCGAUUGGCAGAGGUCGCUUCGGCUCUUCAAGUAUAUGCAACGGCAGAUAUGGUGCAAACCCAACGAGCACAUCUACACGAUUAUGAUCUCUUUGCUCGGCAGGGAAGGCCUGCUUGACAAAUGCCUCGAGAUAUUCGAGGAAAUGCCCAGUCAAGGCGUGGCGCGAAGCGUCUUCUCUUACACGGCUCUGAUCAACGCCUACGGUCGAAACGGACGGUACGAGACCUCCCUUGAGCUUCUUGAUAGGAUGAAGAACGAGAAGAUAUCACCAAGCAUCUUGACUUACAACACAGUGAUCAAUGCGUGUGCUAGAGGUGGCUUAGAUUGGGAAGGUUUAUUGGGUUUGUUUGCAGAGAUGAGACACGAGGGGAUACAACCCGAUAUCGUCACCUACAACACAUUGCUUAGUGCUUGUGCUAUUAGAGGCUUAGCUGAUGAAGCUGAAAUGGUUUUUAGGACUAUGAAUGAUGGUGGGAUAGUUCCGGAUUUAACCACGUAUAGUCAUCUCGUUGAGACGUUUGGGAAGUUAGGCCGGCUAGAAAAAGUUUCUAAUCUCCUAAGUGAGAUGGCUUCAGGGGGCAGUUUGCCCGAUAUCACGUCUUAUAAUGUGUUGUUAGAGGCAUAUGCCAAAACCGGGUCUAUCAAGGAGGCAAUGGGGGUCUUCCAUCAGAUGCAGGCUGCAGGGUGUACGCCGAACGCGAAUACAUAUAGUGUUUUGCUGAACUUGUUUGGACAAAGCGGGAGGUACGAUGAUGUUCGGCAGCUUUUCCUUGAGAUGAAAUCUAGCAAUACAGAUCCUGAUGCUGCUACAUACAACAUUCUGAUAGAUGUUUUUGGGGAAGGUGGGUAUUUCAAGGAGGUUGUGACUUUGUUCCAUGACAUGGUGGAGGAGAAUAUUGAACCUGACAUGGAGACAUACGAGGGUAUAAUAUUUGCUUGUGGGAAGGGAGGGCUCCACGAGGAUGCUAGGAAGAUUUUACAGUAUAUGACGGCUAAGGAUAUCGUGCCAAGUUCCAAGGCGUACACGGGGGUUAUUGAAGCAUUUGGACAGGCUGCUUUAUAUGAAGAAGCACUUGUUGCUUUUAACACUAUGCAUGAAGUGGGAAGCAAUCCAAGUAUCGAAACGUACCACUCACUGUUAUAUUCGUUUGCAAGGGGAGGACUGUUCAAGGAGUCUGAGGUGAUUUUAUCCAGGCUGGUGGAUUCUGGUAUUCCCAGGAACAGAGAUACGUUCAAUGCACAGAUAGAAGCAUACAAGCAAGGAGGGAAAUUCGAAGAAGCUGUGAAGACAUAUGUAGAUAUGGAUAAGUCAAGAUGUGAUCCGGAUGAAAGGACGCUUGAGGCUGUUUUAAGUGUGUAUUCUUGUGCACGACUUGUCGAUGAGUGCAGGGAGCAGUUUGAGGAGAUGAAAGCUUCUGAUAUACUGCCCAGUAUCAUGUGCUACUGUAUGAUGCUGUCUGUUUAUGGGAAAACAGAGAGUUUCCUUGUGUUCCAACAUUGGCAGGCAUGGAAGCCAUAUGCUAGUGUAAUGUGGGACGAUGUCAAUGAGUUACUGGAGGAGAUGCUUUCAAAUAGAGUAUCAAAUAUUCAUCAAGUGAUCGGGCAAAUGAUCAAGGGAGACUAUGAUGAUGACUCAAAUUGGCAGAUAGUGGAAUAUGUCUUAGACAAACUAAAUUCAGAAGGGUGUGGUUUGGGAAUAAGGUUUUACAAUGCACUCCUGGAUGCUUUGUGGUGGCUGGGCCAGAAAGAGCGAGCUGCAAGGGUACUCAAUGAGGCAACAAAACGAGGACUUUUCCCUGAGUUAUUUCGGAAAAACAAACUUGUGCGGUCUGUUGAUGUGCAUAGGAUGUCAGAGGGUGGCAUGUACACAGCACUAUCGGUUUGGCUAAAUGAUCUAAAUGAUAUGCUUUUAAAGGGAGAGGAUCUUCCUCAACUAGCUGUUGUUGUUUCAGUACGGGGACAAUUGGAGAAAAGCUCUGCUGCAAGAGAAUCCCCCAUGGCGAAAGCUGCUUUCUCCUUCUUGCAGGACCAUGUCUCGUCAUCAUUUUCCUUCACAGGAUGGAACGGAGGUCGCAUUAUGUGCCAGCGGUCUCAGCUCAAGCAGUUGCUGGGUACGAAAGAACCGACUUCAGAAGAGUCCCAAGAUAAAAACCUAGUCGCUGUAAUAAACUCGCCAUUUGCUGCUGGAGCAAGAACCUCAACAAGCAGUGACACGAACCACACGAACCACAGUGGUGGUAACCCUUCCCAAAGAAGAACCAAGACGAAAAAAGAACUAGCAGGAAGCCCAGCUUAACCGUUGUUACGCGUUAUUUCUGCUGCCAAUUUUCAACAAUCAAAAGGUUUCUUCCGUCUUCCUCCAUCUAUGACUGUAGUGUCAGCGUCUGAUAGACAGAAGAGGCUAUAGAGGAAGAGAAAUGGUCCAUCUUAGUUUAUAUGCAGAAGCAACGCUACAAAAAUUUCAAGUAAGUAGUUUGAUGGAAUUGUUAGAACAGACCCCCAUGAUUUUGCAGCCAUAGAUUUAUUGUUUUGUCAUUCAUCAGUCUUUCAGGUUACUAUAAAGAUAAAUGUUGGUGUAAUAUCAAAGCUCUUGUUAGUUGUUACAAAUACGGGAUCUGUCAGUCAUGAUUCCCUAGUUGAAGCUGUAGUGUUUGCUUUGUGACCUCACCUUGUGGUCUCUGUCACUAUCUCCAAAUCUAACUUAUUACGCAACAAUGACCCAAUGGUCUGAAUUUAACUUGGAACACAACUUGUUAUAGUGCAUAGAUUCUUCUUCUGUCUGAUUCACCUU